GUAUAACAGUCGAUUCACCACCAACCGCGUCCUCGCUGUAAUCCACGCCGUCAAACCUCUUCCUCCUUUCAACGCUCUCGCCGCCUACGACCUAAAAUCCGGCAACCGCCUCUUCCUCUCCCCUCUCCCCACCGAUGAAGAAGCCCUCGCAAACAAUGUCGCUGUUGAUUACAACGGCAACGCUUACGUCACGAACUCCAUCGGCAACUACAUCUGGAAAUUACAUCGGGCUCAACGUAUUGCUUACGUCAGCAGCGGGGAUUAUCUCUUGGUGGUGCAAUCCAAUACAGGUAAGGUUUUCAAGGUUGAUGCGGACGACGGUACAGCCAGGCACGUACUUCUCAACGAGGAUCUCACGCGUCCUGAUGGCGUCGUUUUUAGAAGUGACGGUGUCGUUUUGGUGGUUUCACCGCAAGCGAAUAAGUUGUGGCUUCUGAAGAGUAAUAAUGGAUGGAGGGAGGGUGUGGUUUAUGACAAAAUUGACCUUGAGAGUGAAGGGUACCCUACUUCGGUUGUUUCGAGAGGGAGGGAUAAGAUGUAUGUGUUGUAUGGGUAUUUUUUGGAGGGUCUUUUGGGGAAUUCAGAGAGGGAGGGUUUUAGAAUUGAGGAGAUUAUGUCACCAAAGGAGAGUGAGGGAGAGAAUGUUUGGCUUUAUGUGAUGAUUGGAUUUGGCAUGGUGUAUUUUGUGUAUUGGAGGUUUCAGAUGGGUCAGCUUGUGAAGCAUAUGAACAAAAAGAUCAAUUGAUUAUUUCUAAGUUUAUAGUUUCUAUUUCAUGGUUAUAACUUUUUUUGUUUUGUUUUGUUGUUAUUGUUAGGUUCAUAGAAUCAUAGGAGUGACAAUUGUAUCAUUUUGAUGUUUUAUACCAAACUCUUAUUAAGAGCUUAAGGUGGUUUAUAAAUUCUAAUGCUCUUUAUGAACGGGACAAAGGAUGAUUUGCAGCAGUAUAGUGAGAUAUCUUAAUGUAAUUUAAGAAACAUAGGGAUAAAAAGAGUAAGAAUUGAGAAGAAUAAAUGAGACCUGUUAUAGUAUGGUGUUCUA